GGGUGUUUGUUUACAAAAUGGCUGCUCUUACGCGCAACCUGUUGCUCGCGAUGUUCAUUCAGUUGUCCCACAACUGUUACCUGAGCAGGAGGACAUUGUUUUGUGUAUUUAGUGCAGUGUAUUAGUGACGUAUUAGUGAUCGAAUAAUGUAGCAAUAACUGAAGUGGUUUUCGUAUAGUGUUUGUGACUCUUAUAAUGCCUCGGUUUAAGACGUUCCUGCAGGCCGUGACUCUUCUGGCAGCAGCUGUCUACGUUACUUUAUUUAUCUACCAAAGAAAUGUCACAGUCGCCACACAGAUAACAAAUAACGAGGUGGAAGUGGGGUGGCAGGAAAGGGCACCUAGGAGCCUGUCCAAGGACUACGUGGAGCCGGGGGCGGCAGCGGGGGCGGUGGAGGCGGGCAGCACGGCGACACCCAAGCCGCCCCUCGCCCGCCCCCAUGACGUAUUCAUCAGCGUCAAGACGACUGGGCACUACCACCGAGCCAGGCUCCCGGUCAUACUCAAGACGUGGUUCCAGCUCGCCAAGGAUCAGAUAUGGUUCUUCACCGAUACUGAUGACCCGGAAUUCCAGCAAAAAACCAAUGGCCACAUGAUCAACACAAACUGUUCUUCUUCUCACAACAGGAAAGCGCUGUGCUGCAAGAUGUCUGUGGAGUUUGAUGUGUUUCUCAACAGUGACAAGAGGUGGUUCUGUCACUUUGAUGACGACAACUAUGUGAACGUUCCCAGACUGGUGAGGCUGCUGGGAGACUUCAGCCACCAGGAGGACUGAUACCUCGACAAACCCAUUAUUCAUGACUGGUACCUCGGCAAACCCAGCAUCCGCGCACCGCUCGAGAUCCUUAACCGAGAAUCCAAGGCGAUAGCGAAGCAAAACAUCUCCUUCUGGUUCGCCACGGGUGGGGCUGGCUUCUGUCUCAGCCGAUCCCUUGCCCUCAAGAUGUUGCCCUUGGCCGGAGACGGCAAGUUUAUGAGCAUUGGGGAGAAGAUCCGUCUGCCCGAUGAUGUUACCAUGGGCUACAUCAUAGAACAUUUGCUGAGAAAACCGCUGACUGUGGUGGAUCAGUUCCAUUCUCACCUGGAGCCAAUGAAGUUCCUGAGGCAGGACACCUUCCACGACCAGAUCACCUUCAGCUACUCGAGGUACAGCAAAGAAGAAGUCAAUGUAGUGAAAAUUGAUGGGUUUCAUCCUCGCAUCGAUCCUACCAGGUUUCUGUCCCUCCACUGCUUCCUGUUUCCGUAUUUCUCGUUUUGCCCGAGAUAGUGACGACACUGAAGUUCUGAAGGUGGAGUACAAGGCAGCUUUAGAUAUGAUAAUCCAAUAUAUUCUGACUCUACUUGUCAUCCAUUACUUGUAACCCAUCUCUGUCAUGUGUGAGAUUAACUUUUUUAGUUCAUUAGUCCUGAUUUCGAAGUAACAGUAGUUAGUUAAGUAACGCCGUUUCAUCCGACCACAAGUGCUCUUUUAUUUGCUGCUAAUUUGGCUGUGACAUUUCUACGUUAUUUGUAUAUUUUUGUAUGGGAACAUUAAAUACCGUUUAGGUUUAAUUAUAUUGUAAGUAGUGUAUUAUAUUAUAUGUAUAGAUCUAUAUUUGUCUAUAUUUAGUACAGUAAACCCCCAUUAGCCCAGAUUGGAACUGAAAAAUUUUCAUAAAAUAAAAAACUGUUAUCAGAUUGUUAAUAGAUUUAGGUUGUUUUGGUCCGAUCUUGAUGUAAAAACUGCUAAAGUUAUCGGGUUAACAUUUUAUAUAAAUAAUCUUUAAGUAAUUUGGAGGUGGACAGAUAAAAAUCUCAUUGAAAUUUACAUUCACACUGAACAGUUUGUAGGAAAAUAUUGGGUGAAUUUGUUUUUUAUAUCUUGUAUUUUCAGGGGAGUCUUGACAAAAAUUUUCCAAUAAGAUAACCGCAACAAAUCAACCUGAGAGUAAAUACUUGGGUGUUAUUUCAAAUCAAGAUUCGAGGGAAAACACGAGUUUUGUUCUGGGUUCUGCGCUCUAAGAUGAAAUAGGAAUGACUAUAACAAGUUUACUAUCCAGUUAAAUGAGGUUUUUCAUUGUCUUGCGAAGGUUCAAAUCCAACUUCGUUUUACUUUAGUUUUGUAUUAAUAACCAAAAUUACAAAUGUGACAGCAGGCUAAUUAAAGUUGUUUUGUACUGUAAGAUGAGUAUUGUAAAAUUAAAACACAAUAUGGUUUAUACUUAUGAUAUAAAACAGGUACUAAACAAGCAUUAGAAAAUAAAUAAUAUUGUGUUUUGAUUCUGCAUUGUAGAAAUAACGGAUAAUGUAGAAUUUUAGAAACAGCUUUUCCGAUAGAGCGUAUUAAUGAGGUUUUACUGUACUUUUAUCAAUAUUGUGUGCAAUAACAAAUGUGUUAAAGUUGUGAAUUGUUUUAAGAUUGUUUAAAGAAAGAGUAUUGCCAUCAAGGCAAAUUUAUUUUUAUUUGAAUAUUUUCUCAAUACAUUAGUUAUUUACAAGUUAAUGUUUUUAAUUUACAAUUGUAUGUAGUACAUUUUAUAUGGAGAUUUUAAUAAAUACAUUUUGUUUCUAUUAGUUUUUAUCAUAUUUCCAAUGUUUUAGGCUAUUAUAGUUUUUUAAUAGUUUUGCAAUAUAUGAUACUUUUGUUAACAGAAUUAAUCUGAUAUUAAUAAUUUAGUGUUUUUAUUCAGAUUUUUGCAACAGAUAAAUAUUUUAAAGCUUACGUAUCCAAUGUGGAAAAUCCUGUUUACGGCUAAAAGGAUAACGGUGAUAUGAGAUAGAUUAAGCAAAUAAUUAAUACUCAUUAUGACUUGUUAAUAAAUUAGUUUUAUAUCGAGUGUGCCUUAUUAUUAUAUGAUAUAUAUUUGUAUAGUUGUACUCUUAAAUAUAUACGUUGUACAGGAUUUUACGAUAUUGUAUAUAUUUAAAAUCUAUUUUGUACCUUUAUUCAAAUGUUGUAUAUUUGUUGUUGAAACUGUUAACAAAAUAAAACUCAGUGAUGAUUUAAA